CCGGUGGAGGAGCAUCGCAAAUGGCGUCUGCGACUGCUGCUCAGUAGUUUCCGUACAAACUCGCCGCUAAGUCACAACCUCUGAGCCGAUGCCGAAAGUUUUAAAUAGUCGAUAGGCAUUUUCCGAGAUUUCGUGGGUAUUAUUAGUAUCGGAAUUUGGUCGCAUUAUGAUCAAGUAUGACUACGCUUUUCCGUUUUUAUUUGGCGCCUCCUUGCUCGUCGCUUCAGUGUCGGGUUUGCUGCAAAUAAAAGAACUCAAAGUGCCGACCGCAGUGAGGAGUGGCGAUGUCGAUGAAAUUAUUCUAGACUGUGAAUACGAAGUUAAAGGCGAGAAAGGUGUAGAAGUGAAGUGGUUUUACAAUGGAGACAAAGAUCAAAUUUAUCAGUGGAUACCCGGAACUAACAGUCCCGGAUUUUCUAUGGGAUCGCUGAAAAACAACAUCGACGCAACAUUCCAGGCGACCGAUGACAAAUUGACGAUGUACAGGGCGUUGAAGCUGGUUAAUGUAACGUACGAACUUACUGGGAGUUACACGUGUAAAGUGUCGGGAUAUACUGAAGAGGCAACGGCAACGAAAAACUUGACAAUUUAUGUGCCUCCUACGGAAGGAUUGAACUUAACAGUUACUCCAGAAGACCUUUCUGCAGCCUGUUCAGUUAACGGAGUUUUCCCAGAGCCCUCAGUAUCACUUGUGAUUCAAAAGGGGAAUAUAACAGAUAAUCCUUCAGACAUCAAAGAAGAGGUUGAUAAAGAGAAUGGCCUCUACAACAAAGCAAUCACCAUAACUUUUGAAAAUGAUAGUACGAUUUCAACUUCCGAAUUCAUCUGUGUGAUGAAAAUACCAGGCACUGAAUACGAAAUUACCGAAACUAGGCUGUUUUCGAAAGAUAACUUCAGCAUGAGGCCACAAUUGAACUUCCUGCUCCUACAAUUCUGGGUUUUGAUUGUAUUCCUUCAAUAAAAAUAUCUACCAGAAGAGAGAAGGAGCCACCAAUCAUGUUGAUUAUUGUUAACCAGAGUAAACUUUACUUAUUUUUAUUUGCAAAGAUAUUUUUAUAUUAUCUAGUCGUCAAACCAAAUAACGCUGUUGAAAUGAUUCGAUGUCAGAAUUUGUUCUUGCCAUUGAAAUUUGAGAUUGUUGUGAUAUGUUGUACUUACCUUAAUGAAAUAAAAAGAUUGCUAUUUC